AUACUAUUUCAAACGGUGGAAUAUAGUGACUUGGAGUCAGGUAAAAAUAGCGGGUGAUAGUCAGGUAAGCUAAUUCUUCUACUAAAGUAUCAACAUGCAUGUUAGCCAAAUGGUUGUAGCUUUAGCUGUUGCUAAAAGAGACGCCGAUCUCGAUGCCGAGUUUGAGGAAUCUAUGGAAGAAAUAGAGUCUAUGAAAAAGAAAUGCAAGGCUUUAGAGUACGCUACUCAUACAACGGGACUCGUUACCAACCUUAUUGGUGACAUUCCAGACAUUCCAUUAGUGACCGAAACAGUCCAAGUAGUUGCAUCAGGGGUUGCUGCAGUAGCCCACGUUGCUGAGUAUGGAAUGAAUAUAGCCUCAACAGCAAUGGAAUGCGAUGAUUGGAAUUUCGAAGAAGUAAAGGCGAUCAUGGAAAAAAGAUUCAGUGAGAUUGAUAGAAAACUAGAUAAAAUGACAGAAGCGAUGGAGCGAGUAACGGAGAUGGCCACUAAAACCUACGAUGCUGUUGAAAAAACUAGGGAAGAAAUGAAUUGGGGAUUUAAAAACAUACUGACAACGCUUAAAAAUCGCGAGGUACUACCUAUACUGAAAAGAAUGAAUAAAUUUUCGCGAUACUUUGAGGAAAUGAGAAACGAAUUGAGCAAACUACCAGAAAACCAAUUCAUAUUCAGGUUGACGAAAAAAGACAACAUUCUUGAUUAUUUGAAAAUUGCAAGAAAACCUGAAGGUCUGCACUCCGAUUUACUUGAGCUCAUGGAUAAAAAUUAUAAUUACGCUAUUCCUACUGAUGCAAAGGAUUCUAAAGCAUUUCAAGCACUUUAUGCCUUAUUUUACGGUACGCAAACGUAUGCAGCAGUAAUGUUUUUUCUCCUAAAACAACAUGCCUAUUUAGCGGAUUACUAUUAUCAAGACGGCCAAGAUAAAAAAUUUAACGAACAAUUUGAAAUCAUGGUAGCUACAUUUAAUGAAUUUAAAACAUCCCUUACUGGAAGCCAUGGUGUAAUUAACGAAGUCGUUAAAUCAGUAGAUGAAGUAAAAAACAAAGAUUUCAUUAAAGAUGUUAAGAAUGAGUUAUACGAAGAUAUUUCUCGAAGAGGAAGUAUCCUAAAUGAACUGAAAUCCAAAAUUACAGGAAUGGAAUUGAAUAUUAUAGAAGAUACACCAGAACCCGUAUUUGAUUAUGACUUUACUGAACCAGUCAUUCCCUCUAACUAUUUGGACUGGGAGGACAAAUCUAAAAUACGAUACGCUGUGCAGUUUAAAAGUACGGACGGUACCUAUUCUAGAUUCAGCCAGUGGAUGGAACCUAUAAAGGUAGACGGAAAAGCAAACCCAACAAUUAAAGUCCAUAGAGACGAACGUGAAAGAUCAAGGCUUGUUUUCCGAAAAAUUAACGAUGGAAAACCUCAAUUAAUAGGAGUUUUAACAAAAUCUCAGGUAGAAUUUCGAGAUGUUGAUCGAGAUCUUUACGAAGCUUCAAGAGCUAAGGAUCAAAGUAAAGGAUUAGAAUGUAUCCCUAAGUUAAUCGAGGCAGGUGCUUAUAUAAGUGCAAGAUUUGAAAUGAAUAGAUGCGUUAUGCACGGCGCAGCUGAGAGUGGAAAUGCAAAAAUUGCGUUGCGGUACCUUAUAGAUGACAGAAUAGGAGAGAUUCUGGAUGCAAAAGAUGACAAUGGUUUUACUCCAAUGCAUGUUGCUGCGAGUACUAGGAAUGCUGGUUUUGUGAAGUUUUUAGGCGACCGAAACGCAGACGUAAAUGCCCAGACAGCAGAAGGAUUAACACCACUACAUAUUGCUGCGAAGAACGGCUUCUACAUCUCAGCUCAAAAUUUACUUGCUUAUGAAAGAACUGAAAUCAAUAAACCAGAAAAAUCUGGUUAUACACCUUUACAUUACGCUGUACGUGGUACAGCAAAAACCAUUAAACUUUUGCUUGCUGAUGAACGGAUUGAAGUAAAUGCCCUAUCUGAUUUUGGUCUGACACCUUUUCACUUGGCUGUCAUGAAAGGUAACCGAGAAAUUUGUGAUGCUUUAUUAAGCAGUGGGAAAGUCGAAGUGAAUACUGGAAACAGAGAUGGCAUGACUCCUUUGCAUUUUGCAGCUUUAGAAGGGAAUGCAGACAUGAUUCAGUACCUUCUUUCAGGGAAGAAAGAAGUCGAGAGAGUAAACCCUAAUGCCGCUACCCCGGCUAGUAAUUGGACACCACUUUAUUUUGCUAUUUAUUUUAAGCAAAAAGAUGCUGCACUUGAACUUCUCAAAAGUAACAAUGUUGAUAUCAGUAUAUCUUCUAAAGAAAAUGUAUCACCCCUUCAACUUUCAAUUGCAAACGGGAUAACAGAAGUGUUCGAUGAAUUGUUGAAAAAGAAUCCUAAUCUGGAGGCAACGUCAAACGAAGGUCUUACUGCUCUUCAUGUCGCUGCCUUACGUCCGGAGACUGUUUUUACUUCAAAGUUACUUGACAAAAACGUUAAUAUAAACUCAGUGUCCAAAGAUGGCUCGACUCCUUUACAUUUAGCAUCGAAGGCUGAUAAGAAAGAUCAGAUAUCCUUUUUAAUAAGCAAAGGAGCUAAUAUGAAAUUAUAUGAUAAUCAGAAUUUCUUACCAAUACAGUAUUCAAUUAAAAAUAUUAAUUUGCAAGCAAUGAGAGAAGCUAUAAGUCAAGAUCCAAGUAUAGUUGAUGGACAUACUCAAGAAGGGCGAGAUGUAUGGAUGUACUGUCUUCAGUUUAUCAUCGGAGCCGUCAGCCAUUAUCGAAGGAACCAAGAUUCAAAUGAGUAUCGAAAAUACAAAGACUUAGAACCAUUCGAGGUUUAUAAUAAAUUGGGUUAUUACGAUUUACUAAGAAUCGUAGUUAAUAAUUCGUCGACGGAAGCUUAUGUUCAAGCAACAAUGGAUAUUGCUGAUCGAACUGCUAGAGUGUGCAUAGAAAAAGAAAAAAACCCUGAUGCCGAACCAUGCUUACUUAUGGAUGUUCGCUCAAAGCGUAACAUUGAAGCUGUUGAUUCAAAAGCCUAUCUGUAUCCAAAAAUACGUCCAAUAAAGGAAACUAUUCACAAUCUCAUCGAAACGAAACUAUCCAAUAGCAGUAGCUCUUUUCCAAAUGCAAAGAGCUCAUUGGUUCAAAGUAUGGAUGCUAAUGGAAUAUUGCUUCUGGUGGAUCUUCUUGUUAGAAAACUCACAAAUGAGAAGUAUAAUAUGAAAUUGAAAGCUCCGAUGUCUGCAUUAGAAUCUCAAGUCACCGCAUUGGAAAUUGUGGAAAAAGUUAGUAAUUUUGUAGACAGCGUUAGUGAUGUGAAAGCAGAAGAGUUAAUCGAUCUUGCAAAAUUGCACUCAGAUGUAUACAAAUCCAUAGAAGGUGGAAAUAGCAAUAUGAUUCUCAGUCUUCUGUGUGACCAGUUGAGGAGUAUUGUAGAUCCUGAGAGCCUGGAGGAAUUCCUUUCAGAUCUUGUUUCCGAUGUUCCAGGGGGCCAGGAUGCUUUUAAGACCGUAAAAGAAUAUUGCUUGUCUGAAACUAAAAGCGAAACCAACUUUCAUCGAACUAACGAAAUGCGUAUCAACAAAAUUUUCAGAGUUGAAGCUGUUGCUAAAAGAGACGCUGACCUCGAUGCCGAGUAUGAAGAAGCAAUGGAAGAAAUUGAGUCUAUGAAAAAGAAAUGUAAGGCUUUGGAGUACGGUACUCAUACAACAGGUCUCAUAACCAAUCUAAUCGGAGAUAUACCAGACAUUCCUCUUGUCACCGACAAGGCAAAAAAAAUUGCUGCAGGCGUAUCUGCAGUAGCUCACGUAGCUGAAUAUGGAAUGAAUAUUGCCUCGACAGCGAUGGAAUGUGAUGACUGGAAUUUUGAAGAAAUAAAAGCAAUUAUGGAAAAGAGAUUUAGUGAGAUAGACAGAAAACUUGACAGAAUGGCACAAGCUGUGGAAAAAGUCACCAAAAUGGUAACUGAAACUUUAUAUGGAGUUGAGAAAACUCGCGAAGAGAUGAAAUGGGGAUUUAAAAACAUACUAGCAACUCUGAAAAAUCUCAAAAUACAAUCAAUAUUAAGUAAAAUAAAUAAAUUCUCUCGAUAUUUUCAAGAAAAACAAGACGAAAUAGGUAGGCUGCCGGCGGAUCAAUUCCUAUUUCGUUUAAAAGAAAAAGACGGUAUUCUUGACUUCUUGAAGAAAGUGAGGUUGCCAGAAGGUUUGCAUUCAGAUCUGUUUGAUCUAAUGGACAAAAACAAUAAUUUUGCGAUUCCUGAGAAUGCUGAUGAUUCCAAAGCAUUUCAAGCUUUGUAUGCUUUAUUUUAUGGAACGCAGACUUAUGCUGCAGUUAUGUUUUUUCUUCUAAAACAACACUGUUAUCUUGUUGACUUCUACUAUCAGAAUGGCAAAGACGCACAGUUCAAUGAUCAAAUAACUCUUUUAAUCACAACCUUUAAUGAAUUCAAAACAUCCUUAACUGGAGACAGGGGUUUAAUUAACAACGUCAUUAAAACUUUGGACGAAGUUAAGGACAAGGUUUUCAUUCCAGAUGUCAAGAAUGAGUUAUAUGUAGACAUAUCAAAGAGAGUAAAUACUUUAAAAGAACUAAAGUCUAAAAUUGCAGGUAUGGUCUUAAAUGUCAUAGAGGACAUGCCACAACCUGUUGAUAAUAUCGGCUUCUCAGUGGUAAGUGUUAUUCCAUCUAACUAUGGAGAUUGGGAUGAGAAGGCAAAAGUAAGUUACGCUGUACAGCUAAGAAAAGAUGGUGCUUACUCUAAGUUUAGUCGAUGGUCUGAGCCUAUGAAAGUGGAGAAUCAAGCAAACCCUGUAGUUACAGUACCCAGAGACGAACAAGGAAGAGAGAGGCUUAUUUUUCGAAAAUUUAAUGAGAACAAGCCUGAGCUAGCAUACAUUUUAACGAAAUCUCAAGUGGAAUUUCGAGAUGUUGAUCGAGAUCUUUAUGAUGCAGCGGGAAGUAGAGAUCAAAUGAAAGCUUUGGAAUAUAUUCCUAAGUUACUUGAAGGAGGAGCACACAUUAAUGCGGUUUUCGAAACUAAAAGAAGCAUCAUGCAUGCUGCCGCUGAAAGUGGAAACGUAAAAAUUGCAAUGCGAUACCUUAUCGAUGAAACACAAGAUGAUCUUUUGAAUGCUAAGGAUGAAAAAGGAUUUACUCCGCUACACGUUGCAGCUGGCACGAAAAACGCUGGAUUUGUAAACUUCUUGAUCACUCUUAAAGCAAACGUGAAUGUCCAAACAAAUUCCGAUAGUUUAACACCACUCCAUAUAGCUUCGAAAAAAGGGUUUCAAAAUGCGGUUAAGCAUCUACUUGCUGCAGAAAAAAUUGAAAUUAAUCAACAAGAAAAAUCGGGCUAUACGCCUUUACAUUUUGCUGUACGUGGUACCCCAAAAACUAUCAAACUCUUGCUUGAUCAGGAAAAUAUCCUAGUUAAUGCAAAGUCAAAUUUCGGCCUGACUCCUUUCCACUUGGCUAUCAUGAAAGGGGAUAGAGACAUAUGUGAUGCAUUGUUAAGUAGUGGCAAAGUAGAUGUAAAUGCUGGAAAUAAAGAUAAUCUAACACCACUUCACUUCGCUGCAAUGGAAGGAAAUAUAGAUAUGAUACAGUACCUUCUGUCAGGAAAGAAAGAAGUUGAGGAAGUAAAUAUCAGUGCUGUAACGUCUGAUAAUAAUUGGACACCACUUUAUGUGUCUCUAUAUUUCAAACAGGAAGAUGCAGCCCUUGAAUUUCUUAAAAACAGCAGGAUUGAUAUUAGUAUAUCUUCCAAAGAAAAUGUAACACCACUUCAGCUAUCUGUUGCAACUGGACAAAUGAAGGUGUUCGAUGAAAUAUUAAACAAAGAUUCUAAUCCUGACGCAGUAUCAAAAGAUGGAUUUACUGCCUUGCAUCUAGCAGCUUUGAGGCCAGAGACCAAUUUUACUGCAAAAUUGUUGGUUAAAAAUGCUAACAUUGAUGCAAAAACAGAUGAUGGUUCUACUCCUUUACAUUUGGCGUCAAAAUCUGACAACACAAAUCAAAUCAUACUUUUAAUAAACCAGGGGGCAAAUAUGAAACUGUAUGAUAAGAAAGAACUUUUACCAUUUCAACAUUUUAUAAAAAAUGUAAAUCUUGAAGCUAUGAGAGCAGCGGUAAAUAAAGAUCCAAGUAUUGUUGAUUUUUUCACAGAUGAAGGUCUUGCUAUAGGGAAGUAUUGUUAUAAUUAUAUCUUUAGCAAGAUCUAUGAUUAUUACGAUAAUAAAGAUUCUAUUCAGUUUCAAAAAUACAAAGAUUUACCACCGUUAGAAGUUUUCAACAAGAUGGGUUACUAUGAAAUACUGAGAAUUGUAACAAAUGAUCCUUUGGCAGAUAUUUUAGUCAACUCGAUAAUGGAAACAAUUAACAAAGGAGUUCGAAUGUGCUUUGAAAGAGAAGAAAAAACAAAUGAAACACCAUGUAAUUUUACAAGCAUUCGUAUGAAGCGUAAUUUUGAAUCAAUUGAAUUGACAAAGCUGCAACCAACGCAUUUUUCUACAAACUCUGGCAGUACUAGUAAGAAUUUAAACAGUAAAAGCUCCUUUGACGCGAAACUAGCUGAUGAUCGGAAUCAUUUUCCAAAUGUUAAAAACUCUUUCGGGCAAAAUAUUGAUACUAAUGGAAUUUUGCUGUUGAUGGAUCUUUUUGUUCGAAAAUUCACAAAUGAGAAGUACAAAUGGAAUGUCAAAGAACCGUUGUCGACUUUAGAAUCUCAAGCUGAAGCAUUGAAAAUUACCGAAAAAUUUAGUGAAUUUGUAGACAGUGUUAGCGAUGUACCAGCAGAAGAGUUGGUAGAUCUCGCUAAGUUGCAUUCAGAUAUAUACAAAUCCAUUGAAGGUGGAAAUAGCAACAUAAUUCUGAAUAUUCUAUGUGAGCAGAUGAAGAGUAUUUUAAAUCCUGAGCAAAUGGAAGCUUUCUUUUCAGAUCUCGUUACUAAUGAUCCUGGCGGAGCAUCUGAAAAACAAAACCCUCUUAACACUGUAGCGCAACACUGCUUGUCAGAAACAAAAAAAGGCAAUACAAACUAAAUUUACGAAAUGUCUUCACUGCUGGUGGUAAUUAAAUUUCUAAUUCAAAAUUGCUUCUGAGCUUUUUGGAACUAUUUUCUAACCUUACUAAUUAUUGAUUUAUGUAAUUUAUCAUACUAAGUAUAGAAUCUGAGAAAGCAGAAGUUUUCUUGUCCGAUCUUGUUUCAGUAUUCCGGUUCAGAGCCCCAAAUUCAAAAGUCUAUUACCACCUUAAAGCAACUAGGCUUGAGUAAUAUUUAUACUCCAAAAUGUUUCUUUUUUUAUCCAUGAUUUAUCAAGCUCUAUAAAAUUUAUUUUGCAAUACAAAUUAUGGAAUUUCAUGCCAUUAUCUUCCCUUUUAUUAAUAAUCUAAGCACACAAUUUGUAACCCAAAAGUUUGUUACUCAAUUCAUUCAUAAAAGUUUGCUUCCGGAACUCUUCAACCGGAUAUUUUGCUGCUCUCUUUAACCCGAAUAACCCGAAUUUAUGUUAAUGUUAUAUUUCUAUUAGAUACUUCGUAUAAUAUAAAUUGUUUUAGUUUUUUUGAAUUAAUCAAAUCUCAUUUUUCAAUUUAAUUAUUAUUAUUUAAAAUAUAUAUGUAUGGAAAUUUUUAGGUUCGUGUUCAACUAAGGUUUUUUAGGUUUUGAUCGAUUUAUAAACUAAGGAAAAUUGCCUAUUUGGAAAAAAAAUUAUAUAUAAGAGAGGCUUUUUUGAAAGAACAAUAAACAAGUUUAACAAUUUACAAGUUUAACAAUUUAAACUAAUCAGCAUAUAUAUAUUUAUUUAUUUCAUGAGGCUUUCAAUACGAAUUCUACAUUUUAUGCUUUCAAAUAUAUAAAUAUAUCCAAGGAGAAUAUAAUACUUAAAUAAUAAAAAAAAUAGUUUGAACUAAGUGAAAAUUGAAAAUAACUGAGAUGCGGUCAGAAACAGUGCGAUUGGAUGAAUAAAUGUUACACUUAAAAAAUUUGUUUAUAAAUUAUUUUAAGUAUAAAACUAAAUUUUUUAUAACUUCAUAUGACUGUAAUUAAAAACACAAGCAUAUUGUUUUCUUAAACUGAAAACAUUUGUCAUAGAAACUAAUGUAUUUUUAUGACACAAUUUGUAUUACAAUUUUGUGUAAGUUGUUUAUAGGAAACAUGUACCGUUUUUGUUAUAUUUCUCCUGUGAAAUUUUACGGUACAAAUGGAUUUUAUGGUAAAAAGUACUGACACCCCUAGACCCGGUAAUUUUAAUCGUAAUUUUUAAUGAUUUUUUAUGCUUAUUCUAUAAGUUUGAAAACUAAUGCUUAUGUGGACGAAAGGUACAUUUUGAAGAUAAAUCUUCCUAAAUAUAUGUUUUUGCAUAAUUUUUAAAAUGUUAGAAAUUUGCCAGUUUAUACAUCCAUGACUCUCAAGGAAGAAUAUAUCUUUAAUUAGUGAAUUACCUUGACUAAUGUUUAACCUUAAUAUAUGAAGGUAUAAAACAUUAAAUUGAAACCAUACGAGGAAUUACUUGUUCCGAAAAAAAUUGAACACGCUUUAAUUCGAAAAUUAUAUGCUGUUAAAGCAACUUACUUUACAUAUUAUAUCUACAUUUCAUAUCUACAUAUCUAAACACACUUUCUAUGCACACGUUAUUUAUCAUUCAAUGUACCACAUAUGUAUCUUAUUAAGUUAGAAUUUCAUUUUUUUAAAUUGAAAUUAAUGUGUGUACUAUAAUUGCUUUGAUAUGAGUGUAAAUUAUUCAAAUUGUUCUAUUAACAGAUUGGGAAAAUAAUAUUUUUCGUAUAAAUAAAAAUAUCGUUGUA